AUGGCUUCCACCGGCCGAACCAUGUCCAUUGCUAUUGGCGCCGCAGGCGCCGCUGCACUUUGCAGCACCGCCUUUGUGGCACCCACACAGACGAAGAGCCUGCGGGCAAACCGGGCCGUCGAGGCUGCCUCUGCCCAGUCGGUGGAUAGGAUCACCGGCGCCAGCAGCAGCAGCAGCGCCCUCAACGUCGGCGUUGGUGCGGCCUCGGCCGCACUGGCGCUCGGCGCCGCGUCCAAGCGCGUAGCCUACAGCGGAUCCUCCCACAGCGUGGUCGCUGUGCGAGCCUUCGAGAGUGAGCUCGGAGUGCAGGAUCCUGUCGGAUUCUGGGAUCCAGUCGGCUUCACCUCCGACGGAGAUGUGUCAUCCUUCAAGAGGCGACGCUCCGUCGAGUUGAAGCAUGGCAGAAUCUCCAUGAUGGCCACCAUGGGUUAUAUCACCCCUGAGAUUACGGGCAAGCUGCCUGGCUUCUUGUCGCCGUCCGCCGGCUUGAAGUUCGCCGACAUCCCGAAUGGGCUUGCGGCAGUCUCCAAGGCGCCAGUGGGUUUCUGGGAUCCUGCUGGAUUCACAAAGGAUGGCAACGCCGAGAACUUCGCCCGCCGACGUCAGACGGAGCUGAAGCACGGGCGCAUUGCAAUGCUAGCAACCAUGGGAUAUAUCACCCCAGAAUUCAGCAAGUGGCCGGGCUACCUUUCCCCAACUUUGGGCAUCAAGUUCGCUGACGUCCCCAACGGUCUCGCAGCUAUCUCCAAGGUUCCCAUUUCAGGCUGGACCCAGAUCCUCCUGUGGGGUGCGUACUGCGAGACAUCUCAGGAUCAGUCUCCUGGCACCCCAGGUGCUGCAGGCGAUUUCGGAUGGAAGGUGCUGACUUCCGACGAUGCUGAGACCAAGACGAAGAAACUCGCAGCGGAGCUUGCCAACGGAAGGCUUGCGAUGAUGGCCAUCAUCGGCAUGUUCUUUCAGGUGGGCCGUUAG